AUUCCAACAAACUGUAUCUGUCUCUUUAAAAUCUAACCAUUUUCUACUUUCUACUCCACCCUUUUUCUAAAUCUCUCAUCACUAACCCUUUUCUUCCUCUCCCAUACAACAUGAACAACAACAACAGUAACAAAACCCAAUCACAUGAUGAAAACCCAUUUGCAUCCCCACCACCAUCAUCAUCAUCACCUCCUGCUACAUCUCAGAAUUGGGGAACUCACAUGAUGGGAGCACCAGCAAUCCCAAGUAGUCACCCAGACAACAAAAAAGCAGCUUUACAAACCGAUCCAAAUCAACAACCUCAAGUCCAAUAUUACCAACAAGAUCAUCCUUAUAUUCAACACACCCCUGUCGAAAAACCUGCCAACUCUCCCAUGGAAUCAAUUCUCCACAUGUUCGAUUCCUGGAGCAAAAAAGCCGAAGCCACCGCCAACAACAUCUGGCACAAUCUUAAAACAGGACCUUCUGUGUCUUCAGCUGCUAUGGGAAAGAUGAAUCUGACGGUAAAAGCGAUAUCAGAGGGUGGAUUUGAGUCACUCUACAAACAAAUAUUCACUACCUAUCCAAAUGAAACGCUGAAAAAGACAUUUGCUUGUUAUCUUUCAACAACAACGGGACCUGUUGCAGGAACUCUUUACCUGUCUAAUAUUCAUCUAGCGUUUUGCAGUGAUCGUCCGUUGAGUUUCACUGCUCCCUCUGGCCAACAAACUUGGAGCAUCUACAAGGUGAUGGUGCCUUUGGGGAAGAUUGGAACGGUUAAUCCUGUGAUCAUGAAGGAGAAUCAGUCAGAGAAGUAUAUUCAGAUUGUGACUGUGGAUGGACAUGAUUUUUGGUUCAUGGGUUUUGUGAAUUAUGAUAAAGCAAUGAAGAAUUUAUCAGAAGGUGUCUCGCAAUUUGCUGUGCCGGGUGUAGCAGUGCCAUCGAGCAACUAGUUCUUGAGGCUGGAUUUUGAUAAAUUCUGUUAAAUUGGAGUAUGUGAUUGUUUUAAUUUGUUGUUUUUGUUAGGUCUAUUGUGAAGUAAUAUACCUUUGUUUAAAUAAAAUGAUUUUGUAGUUUGUGUA